AUGGCAACAAUCCAAAUCCUAGACGGAGGCCUUGGGACCUCCCUAGGCGAUCUAUACAACAUCAAAUUCGACUCGACAACAACCCCACUCUGGGCCUCACACCUGCUAGUGAGCGACCCAGCAACGCUGCAAGCAUGCCAACGCGACUUCGGCGUUGCCGGAGUAGACGUUCUUCUAACAGCCACCUACCAAGUCUCCACUGAAGGAUUUGCGCGGACCAAAACCGCCCAAUUCCCAGACGGGAUUCCGCGCAGCGCAGUAGGGCCCUUCCUACAGAAAGCCGUGGACAUCGCCGAGCAAGCGAAGGUGCGCGAGAACGCCAGUGUCGCGCUCAGCCUUGGCCCUUACGGCGCGUGCAUGGUCCCCGGCCAGGAGUAUAGCGGUGCCUACGACGCCGCGCAUGACUCCGAGGAGUCGUUGUAUUUGUGGCACUUGGAUCGGCUGCGGAUGUUUGCUGAGGCAGAGGGGGAGCUUGUGUCGCGCGUGCGGUAUGUUGCAUUUGAGACAUUGCCGCGGCUUGAUGAGAUUCGUGCUGUGAGAAGGGCGAUUCAGGAUUCUGCUUUCGAUGUGCCGUUUUGGAUUUCUUGUGUUUUCCCGCGCGAGGAUGAUCUCUUGCCGGAUGGGAGUUCGGUGGGGCAGGUUGUGCGCGCUGCGAUUGCGCCUUUGGAGGGUGGGGCUGUUCCUUGGGGGAUUGGGAUUAAUUGUACUAAGAUGCAUAAGCUGGCUGGGCUUGUUGAUUUGUUUGGGCGCGCUGUUGCGGAGUGUGUUGCGGACGGGCAGGUAUCUGAUGUGCCGAGUUUGGUUUUGUAUCCUGAUGGGACGAAUGGGGAGGUGUACAAUACUACGACGCAGGUUUGGGAGAGACCUGAUGGAUUGCGUGAUAGUGUGAGUGCUGACCGAUCUUGGGAGGUGCAGUUGGCCCAGGUGGUCAAUGAAGCCUACGAAAAGGGCUAUUUCAAUUCGUUCCUUGUGGGUGGGUGUUGCAAAGCUUCUCACCACGAUAUCAAGAAACUUGGAGAGCAAUUCAAGACUCAAUAG